AUGAAUGAGAAACAAAUUCUCGGCGUUGCUGGUAGCAGUAAUGAUGUACACCUUAUGACAUUAGAAUAUUAUAACGAACAUAAAGAUGAACUGAAAGGAGAGAAGGGUGACACCGGACCUCAAGGACCACAAGGAAUACAAGGAAUACAAGGAAUACAAGGACCUCAAGGCGAAAACGGUUUGGAUGGUGAAGAUGGAAAGGAUGGAAAAACUGCUAAAUCAUGGAUAUGGAACCUUAUAAAUACUGGUUUAACAGCUGCUUCAUAUGGAGUUCUUCAAUACCAAAUCGGAAAGAUAUGGGCAGUACUUGGUGAAGAAGUUUUAGAUGACGUUAAAAAUGCUUUGAACUUCAUUUCAAAUGGUUCGGAUACUAUUAAAACUUUAUCUGGUUGGAUGCAAGAAACAAGGAGUCAAAUAGAUACUGUAAGACGUAUAGCAAACAAUGCACGUACGGGAUUGGAUACUUUACGAGAA